GCCCAUUGCUCCUUGUUCUGUUCUUGUUUUGACUCAACUUGUGCAGUGUCCUCUUCACUGAUGAAAUUAAGCCCCCUUAGUCUUUAUGCACUCUUCCAUGUUAAAUAGGUAACUGCCCCUAUAGGCGUUGCAAAGGUGGCCGUUGUGCCAUCUUUGUGUCAUCAGGUGGCAGAGAGAAACAGGCUAUGUCUACGCUCGGUGUUCUGAAACCCAUGAACACUCAGAAUGAUUAAUAGCCUGACAUCAUUUAUAAAUAAAGCUGCUUUCUUAAGAAGCCCUUGGAAAAACUGUAUAAAUAUGUUUUGGAAACCUCCCAUUUUCUAUUCCUGAUCUGCCUUGAUCUCAAUGUACGUCAGGUGCUGUUGUAGGAAAGCACUGAUGAAACUGUGGACCAGUGUCUAUUUAUCCUUUGGAGUGGGAAAGGAAUGUGAACACUGCAGACUUAGGAGGUUUCCUCCAAAAACUCAGAAAAAUGUGAAUACAAUGCAGGCCGAGAAGUCUUCAUCAUAGAAGUCAGGUUCACUUGAGGAAAACAGUAUUGAUUUUUUUUGAAAUGUAAUGCAAAGCUGUUGAAGGUAAGUAUUAUGACAUCUUUUAGUAGCAAGAAUAAAAUACUCUAAUACUUCGUGUUAGUGAAAUGGCUGGUGCCAGUGAGUUGGAAUACAAAAAGUAGAGUUGAAGUAGCAUCUGAGGCUGGUCGUUUAAAGGACAUGGACAGGUCAAUAAAAAAGAAAAUAACAGCUAUACAGUCGAUGCCUGUUGGCAGCAACACUGGGUAAGAGCAACAGCCACCUACCAGCCACCUUUCCCCUGGCAAUGUUUUUCCUGCCAUGCAUCUUCUGUCUGGUAACAGCAACACAGCUGCUGCUUAAGAGCAACAUUUGUGGAUCAGGAGAUGCUUGACCUUGCUGUGCUUAGCAGCCUGUGGACACAAUGCCAAGAAGUCUCUCCCUUAAAGAGAAAGUUGAGAUUAUUCAGGCCUGUCAAGUUCCUGGAGCCAAUCAGAACCAAGUUGCCGUCAAGUGGGACUUGCACAGAUCAGUCGUUUGUAGAAUAUGGAAGCAGAAGGAUAAGCUUUUGUCUGAUUAUGAGGAUGGCCAGGCAAAGAGCAAUCGCAAACGCAAACGGGAGGGGAAAACCCCUGAUGUCGACAGGGCACUCUUUCACUGGCUCAAGGCAAAGAGGGCAGAAGGAGCGGUGCUUACAGGACCUAUCAUCAAGGACAAGGCCCUCCAGCUUGCUGCUGGAGCUGGACUCGGUGAUUUUAAGGCGAGUGAUGGUUGGUUCAGCAGGUGGAAGAAACGAUUCAACGUUACAUACAAAAAGGAGCGUGGAGAGCAGCAGUUGAGGGGCAAGCUGUCAGCAGCUGUGCAGUGGCAGGCUGAGAGACUUCCUCAGGUCCCUGAGAAGAUUUCUCUAGCUGACAUCUACAGUGUGGACAAGACUGGGUAUUACUUGAAGGAGCUCCCUGGCAGUGGACCCAGAAUAAAAACAGAGAAGCUGGAAGGUGGUACUAUUUCCCAAAACAGAGAUUGUCUUGGUCUCUCUCCUGAAGAAUGGCGGGAUGUAAAACCAAAACUAAUUUCCAGCUGCUUCAGAAGGGGCAAAGUAGUAAAGUUCCAUGCGGUGCCAGGGGAGGAGGAGGAAGAUAGGGAUGCAGAAGAAAGUGCUGCCCCCCGGAACAAUAUUUCACUCACGAGUAAAAUGACAAAAGAGAGUGUGGCAGAUGCUGCAGCUAGGGAUGAGGGCUUGCCCGGGUUUGGAGAGCCAAGUGUUGGGGAAUUCCUUGGCACCGCUGCCACUAGACCAGAGAAACAUCCAUGGGUUGAAAAGACUGAUGAUAAGGGGACGGAACAAGUGGGUGAGCAUGAUCUUGAUGAAGUUCUACCUCCCACAAAUGCAGAUGUGUUGAAGGCUUUGAGCAUGGUUUGGCACUUCUCACGGCAAGAAGGGCUGGGAGACAAGGUUUAUAGGUCCCUUCAAGACAUCAAAUCCCAUCUCCAAAACAAAAUGGCAGCAGAAGCAGAGCAGAUUAACAGAGUUCUUCCCCCAGAUUGGGUUAUACCUUGAGUUGAUCCUUUUCUGAUUUCAGCAGCGUGGGAUUGCAGUGAGCUUUGUGGAGCAUGACUUUACUUUAGCUUGUGUUGGUUGUCAAUAGUGGUGGCUUGGUGGUCGUUUGAACCUAAAAAUAAAACUUGAAAAUUUUUAUGGUGUAAACUUAAUCCAUGCUGCCCUUGGCUACCUGUUUUACAUAUCAGAAAACGGGCUGCUCUUGGUUGGGCACAUCCAGUAACAGCUGCUUUAGGAACAAUAUAGCCCCAAGGCACUGGCACAUUGCUACUAACAGGCGUCGACUGUAAUAGAAACUUCCUGUUAUAAGUUACUAUUGGUAUGUAACAUGCUUAAACUGUAAGUUUUGAUGACCUUUUUGAAUUAUUGGCCCUAAUUUUAGACUGGACACUGAAGCUAGAUUGGUAAUUUCAUCUUGCACAGAAACACAACAGUGCAAUUUUGAUUGUUUAUCUCAGGGGAAAUUUAAAAUUCAACUUGUAAAGUCUCCUCGUGGAAUUCAAAGACUUUCUGGGUACUGUUUUCUUUGUACCUUAUGUCUACAGCCUGCUUCUUGACUCUGAGCUCUGAGACCAUCUCCCUCUUCUGUUUGAAAAAUGCUCAGCAUGUCUUUCUUUCAAGUGUGUCCACUUUUUCAUUUCUCUAAGCCUUAAAGAACAGGUGACUGACCAUCAAAGAUACCUUCAUAACGCAUGGAUUAUUUUCUUUAGAAUUGAAAUUGUCUAACAUCAUUGUCCAGGGAGGUUUGCUUGGAACUCGAAUUUUCCAGUUAAUGUGUGAAAUGGUCAGAGCUCCCAUGUUGUAAAUGGACUAUUUCUAUGUUUUAUAAGCGUGUAAUACUUUCUAAGCACAAUAAAAUUCAUUUGCACGUGAAGAGAACAGCA